UAUGUGGUGCUUACUUUAGUAGCAUUACAAAAUAAUUAGAGACAAAUUUGGUCUUUUUAGGCCGAGCUGCAAAAUGCCGCAAGACACGUGGUGUCUCUACUGCGCAGUGCAUUAGCUGAAGCCCGUGGGUCAGUGCCUGCAGUUUCUACAGCUGAUGAAGUGCAGGUUCAGGGACAUCAGGCAGCAGACAGCAGGUAGACAUGCAGGAACAGACUGCCCCUUGUAACCAGGAACAGCCUGCAAGGAGACAUGUCCAGCAGCAGCAGACCUUUGGCUUUUCUGGUACAUGUGGUUCAGUGGAGCAAAGUAUGACCAGAUCUUUCCCUGGCCUCUUUAAACCCCGCAAAAACAGCACCCCAUCUCCAAAAAGAAAGGCUGCUAGGUCAACACCAGUCCAAUUCUACCUGUUAAACCAGUUUGUAGAGAGGACCCCUAAAAUGUCGACAGAACUUCUACUUCUCCAGGCAGGACUUGGAAGGAGGACAGUGACCAUCCCAGAAGACGGACAGCAUUCUGAGAUUUCCAGUCUACUUUUGCAAAUGUACCCUAAAAUGGCAUCACUGCAGGGAGCAUGGAUGCUAUAUAAAGCUGUUGGAGGAUCAGGUCAGCGAAAGUUAAACGUUGUGCAACCAGAUGAAGAGGGCUACACAGGGGCAUAUAUUAUUAAAGCCUUGGGAGGAAGGGGGGGUUGUCUGUACAUCAUGCCAUUGCAAGGAACUUUGGACAUGUCCCCCUUACCAUUUACAUCGCGUGAAUUUGACAGGAUGCCAAAAGCUCAAUGCGCCACAUGUCAUGUGGACAUGCCUAUCCAGCUACUGGCUCUGCAUGCCCAGAAGUGUGAGCCAGACACAGGCAGUCGAUUAAAUUCUUUACCAGAUGUGUUUUCAGAUGUCGAAGCUUCAUGUGAUCUUACAGAAAUGGACAGUGUAAGUUACAUUUGAAUCUACCCUUGGCCUAAUAUCAAUUUUUUACUAAUUGCUUUAAUCUCACAAUGCAUGCGCUUUAUUUACAGGA